AAACAUUCAACCCAGAGAGUUUUUCUAAAGAUGUCGCUUAACAAAAGCCUGUUUGUUGUCCUCGCUGUGUUGGCCAUCGUUCUAGUAAUGGUGGCCCACGAGACUUCGGCCUAUGAUUGUCUGUCGGGAAAAUUCAGUGGACCCUGCUGGGCGUGGGAUGGAGAACAGUGCCGACGACUCUGCAUAGAAGAGGGACACGUUAGUGGACAUUGCAGUGCCAGCCUGAAGUGUUGGUGCGAAGGAUGCUAAAGCCGCUCAAUAUUAUACGUGUUUAUGUUCUUAAAUAUCUACACAUGAACUAUGUAUUUUUUAUUGUUCUUACAAAUAAAUACAAAAUAUAUAUCACGGCAAAAA